UGUGCGGCUCUGAUUCGCGAGGUCUUCCAACCUCGAAAAUUUGCACUUCAAGAGCUCGCGAGGAGGGAAGGCGAUGCCGCAGAAUAUGCCCGGAAGAGCCGCUGCAUGAUGCCGGGUGGUGUAACCACCUGAGGGACUACUGCUGACCCUUUCACUUUUCUGCAUGUCGUGGUCUCUUCUGAGCACCGCUCGCGCACCAAAGCUUGUAUCAACAAUGGCCGGGCUGCUAAGCCAGUGCUUAAGUUCGACAGCACCGGCUUUGUCAGCGAGCAGGCUGUCUCUAUCAAUCUUCUCUGCCCGCUCCUCAUGUCUUCCACCAUUCGGCAUCAGGGCAUUCGGCAGAUUUCCGCAGAGAUAUGAGAAAUGCUGCAUCCAUCUCCCUUCCAAUGUCAGCGGAGCGGCCCUCUCGUCUUCAUUCUUGACACCGAUGUUACAGCCUUGGUUUGGCGGAGGUCGUGGUUUCUCUAGAAGUCCCUUGCUAGCCGGACGGGAAGGCCGGAAGCAAACCCUAAAAAGCACGCCGCCGAAGAUUUCAGCAAUUAGGAGAAGGAAAAAGCAGUCCUCCGGAGGAGGGGGGCCAAGCACACAAGUUCUGCACGGUGGGGCAAGCAGUAGGCCCAAAGGAGGCCCCCUAUUGCCAGUCAAUGGUAAAGGUGCUGAUGUCAGCGGUGGUGGGGGGGGGAUCAGCAAGGCAGCAAAAAGGAGGCAACGGAGGACGAGCAAAAGGGGAGGUGGGGGGGCGGGUAGCGGCAUCGCGGAAGCAGAGAGACUGAAAGCCAUCUAUAACCCGGUCUGGUGGGACCGCCGGUUGAGGGUGCUGCUGUCGACUGCUGGGGAGCAAGAGAUCAUCAUGCGGGACGGUCUCAAUGAAGCUGGGGCUGAUCAGUUGAAAGAGCUGGCGGAGAGCAAGGGGCUCUACUUCCAAGCAUACGGCGACAAGAAGCGGAAGAUCCUGGUGGUCAGCAAAGUGCCGCUGCCAAACUACAGGGCAGACUGCGACCCAAAGUACGGACAGCGCAAGUCGGACGUUAACUUGCCCCAUGACGUCCAACAACGCGUCCAGAUGCACCUGGAGGCGCUCGCUGCCUCUCAGAGUGACUCAGGCACCGAAGACGAUGACGUCAGCGACGGGGAGAAUGACAUCAGCGACAGCGAGGCGGAGGCUUCCACGUCCGGCCCCCAAAAGUUUGAUUACGCGGCGUUUGUGAAGAGAAAGGAUCGGGAUCCGCAGCGAAAGGCGCGGUUGAGCGCGAGGCUACAGGAACGGCAGCUUCGACAGCAGGCUACUGAGAAGGUCCAGGCUAUGCUGAGUCUGCGGGCGCGGUUGCCGGCUUACCAGAGAAGGGAGGAGCUGCUGGACGCAAUUGCAAGAAAUCAGGUCAUGGUCGUUUCCGGUGAGACCGGCUGCGGAAAAACUACGCAACUCCCGCAGUUCGUGCUCGAGUCCGAGAUUGAGGCGGGCCGCGGGGCAGAUGUAAACAUUAUCUGUACGCAGCCGCGUCGAAUCUCCGCCAUCUCGGUAGCAUCGCGAGUUGCGGCAGAGCGAGGGGAGGAGAUUGGGGACACGGUUGGGUACCAGGUCCGGCUGGAGUCCAAACGGACGUCCAACACGCGGCUCAUGUUCUGUACCACCGGCGUCCUGCUGCGGAAGCUGGUGGCGGACCCCAUGCUGACCGGCGUGAGCCACGUGAUCGUCGACGAGAUCCACGAGCGCGGCAUGAACGAGGACUUUCUCAUCGUCAUUCUGCGCGACAUUCUCCCGAAGCGUCCGGAUCUGCGACUCGUCCUAAUGUCUGCGACGAUAAAUGCGGAGCUCUUUUCGGACUAUUUCGGGGGGGCGCCGAUGGCCCAUAUCCCGGGCUUUACCUACCCCGUGAAGCAGCAAUUUCUGGAGGACGUUUUGGAGAUGACGGGGCACGUGAUCUACGGAGAGGAUGAGCGGAGGAAAGGUGCGAGCGGGCCAGCCAAGAACGCGAUCUCAGCGGGUUGGGAGGCUAAUGACGUCGAAAACGACCCCGAAUACCGCCACCUUUCGCCACGUGUCCGCCGCUCGUUGGACGCCUGGGACCCCGACGGGCCGCUCAACUACCGCUUGCUAGAGUCGCUGCUCGCGCAUCUAUGCACGCAAGAGUCGGAGGUCCAAAGAAACGGCGCCGUCCUAGUUUUCCUGACCGGCUGGGAUGAGAUCUCCACUUUAGAUGCUGCCCUGAAACGGCACCCGGUUAUGGGUAACCCGCAGCGGGUUAAGGUGCUGCCGCUGCAUUCGUCCCUGCCAACGGUUAAUCAGAAAGAGAUAUUCAACCGCCCGCCGCCCGGUGUGCGCAAGAUCGUCCUGGCUACGAACAUUGCCGAAACCUCCAUCACCAUUGAUGACGUCGUCUACGUCGUUGACUGCGGGAAGGCCAAGGAGACAAGCUACGACGCCCUGAACCAGCUGGCGUGCUUGCUGCCGUCGUGGAUCUCACGUGCGUCCGCGCACCAGCGUAAAGGGCGCGCGGGGCGCGUGCAGGAAGGCCAAGCUUUCCACCUCUACCCCAAAAGGCUCCACGACAGCCUGCCUGCCUACCAGUUACCCGAGUUGCUGCGCACCCCCCUCCAAGAGCUGUGCCUCCAGAUCAAGACUUUGGGAUUGGGCAAGAUCAAGCCGUUCCUCCAAAACGCGCUGCAGCCGCCGGACCCGCAGGCCGUGCAGAACGCGAUCGAGCUGCUGGAGACGAUUGGGGCGCUCGACGCUGACGAGAACCUGACGUCACUCGGUUCUCACUUGUCGGCCCUUCCCGUGGAGCCCAAGGUCGGGAAAAUGCUUCUGAUGGGCGCAAUUUUCAACUGCCUGGGACCCGCGCUAACGAUCGCAGCGGGGCUGGCGCACAGGGAUCCCUUCGUUUUGCCGAUGGACCGACGGGACGAAGCAGACAGAGUGAAGCAAAGCUUUGCCGGGCGGGACCGUAGCGACCACAUUGCGCUGCUCCGCGCAUAUGACGGCUGGCGGGCGGCGUACCGGGAGAAGCGCGAGCGCGACUGGUGCUGGGAGAAUUUCCUGUCGACUUCCACGCUCCACAUGAUCCACAACAUGCGCAUGCAGUUCCUAGAUUUGCUAGAGGGCAUCGGCUUCGUCGAGAAGGGCUCGACGAUCAUGGACUACAACGAGUAUGGAAAUGACAUGGAAGUUGUCCGGGCGGUUCUGUGUGCGGGGCUGUUUCCGUCCGUUGUGGUUUGCCGGCCGAAGGGGAAACGGGUCACGCUGCAUACUAAAGAAGACGGGCGGGUGGCGGUUCACCCGGCGUCCGUUAAUCACGGGGUCAACUCAUUUCCGGAAGGCUGGUUGAUCUACAACGAGAAGCUCCGCACGGGUGCCACCAACAUUCUCGUCAGAGACUCCACCGCUGUCACCGACUACGCGCUUCUUAUGUUUGGGGGGCACCUCGUUCCAGAGAAAGAGGGUUUCUCAAUGCUGAACGGUUACCUUAACUUCAACGCGACCCCGAAAACCGCGUCCCUAGUUGGGCAGCUGCGCGGAGAACUAGACCGGCUGCUCCAGCGGAAGAUCGACGACCCGACGUUGGAUAUUCACACCGAGGGCGCAGGGAUCGUCGCGGCUGUGCGCGAGCUUUUGCGCCACGACGCGCAGGAGUCGGUCGGGGAGGAACGCGCGCGGUUACGCGGGUAUCCGUUAGCUGCCGUUGGGCAACCAGGGGGGCCCGGGAGGAACGGUUUGAACCGGCGCGUGCGUGAGGGGAGUGAUGCAGCUUAUGGUGUGAAUAGGCGCGUGGUUGGGGAGAGUGACGCAGCUUAUGGUGUCAAUAGGCGCGUGGUUGGGGAGAGUGACGCAGCUUACGGUGUGAAUAGGCGCGUGCGUGGGGAGAGUGACGCAGCUUUCGGCGUGAACGGGCGCCAAAGGGAGCUGAGGAGCGGGAUCUCGCCCGGCGUUCGGCAGGCAGUGGCGUUGGAGCGGUACCCCCGGGUUAUGCCUAACCCGAGGAGGUUAGCAACUGGAGACGCUCAUCGGUCUGUCUGGGUUGAGCCUGACGCGGAGGCAUCAGCGCCCAGCACUUCAGGACGGGGUUCCGGAUUCCCAACGCAAGGGGGGGCUAAUUUCAGGGGCGCGGACAGGGGGGGCCCUGGCGUUCGCAGAGAUUUGAAUCGGCCCGAGGACGAUGAGGACGACUGGUUCGUGAACGCGGAUGUCGGGCCGUCGCAAUCAAUGCAAACCCGAAAAAUUGGGCGACUCGGAAAGCUAGCAGAGGGUAGGAGGUUCGACGAUAGGUUAGGGGCGACCAGCGCCAAAAGGACUUCCAAAAACGGGUUCCGGGCUAGCGAUGGGGCGCGGCGGGUUGGGGCGUUCGAUGGGAGGAAUCAAGGGUUCACUGGCGAUGAUUCGAGGUUUUCGGAUGUUCAGCUCAACGAGGGGAUCGAUGACGACCCGAAUAGCGCGUUUGAGCGAGCAUUCGAGCACGCGGUUGAGUCAAGGCGGCAAUACACCAGAAAGUUCGCUUCUGGGGAAAUGUGAAAUUGCGCGCCGUUUUAAAUUCGUUUGAGCAGUGGCAGUUGCAAAAUAAUCCUUGUACACAUAAACAGUCAUGCAAGGUACAAACAGGGUACAAAAGCAUUUGUGAUCUCACAAGAGCGCUCCGACGGUUCUUGGCCCUUAUAAUUUCAAUGGUAUACUAGAUACGAAACGGGAUCAACCGCGGCCGGACCUUUGGGCCGUGGUCACCACUUCUUCCCCCGGGCCUCAGCCUCGUGAUCCUGGCAUGCAUGAUAUAAAAUUGUUGCUAACC